AUGGGCAUGAAGCUACUGGCAAGUGAAGCUGCCGUGCUCCGAUAUCUCAGGGCUCAUAGCGACAUUCCAGUUCCAGAAGUACACGACUAUUGCGCUUCAUCCGAUAACAGCAUCGGAGUUCCGUUCAUUUUUAUGAGUGAAGCGCCCGGCUGGCCACUGUCAAAGGUUUGGAAACCAGCCGGCUCCCCUCAGCCUGACUUAGAUAUACCCAGCAAGGCCAAAAUACUUGCUCAAUUGGGCGAUAUCACCUGGAAACUUUCGCAGCUACGGUUCGAUAAAAUCGGCUCACUCUUCGAAGAAAAUGGGUCCUUUGUAAUCAAGGAAUGUCUCUCUCGCGGCCACAUGUUACAUGGACGAUACGCUUUGGAGGUCCCACGUGGUCCUUUCACUUCUGCAUCAGAGUUCUAUGAUGGCCUUAUUUCGGCGUUUUUGGAGCAUUCGGAAAUUCUGCAGCUAUCACAUCACUGUUUUGUGGCUCCUGUUCCCUCGCACGAUGACUAUACAUCCAGCACGCAAUUCAAGAGUGCUGUGAAUUUAUGGAACGACUUUGUGACAAUCGGACGCAAGACUGAUUCGUCGGAUAACAGACUAGAUUAUAUAAUUGCAGGCGACGCUCUCCGUGAUAUUGUACGGAGAAUUCAGCUGCCAGCUGUUAAUCGGGACACUUUUCCGAUGUGCCAUGCCGACUUGAGUGUUAACAAUAUUUAUGUUGACGAUGAGUACAACAUUACCUGUAUCAUCGAUUGGGCAUUCGCUUCGUCCAUUCCUGAAUCUAUGCUGUUAGCCACACCAGGGCUGCCACAAUACGGCGACGAAAUCAGCUCAGAGUUACGUGCGUCCUUCAUAAGUGGUUUUGUUGCUUCUAUGCCCGGAUUUAUGGAAAGGAAGUUGAUCCACAGAUACCGCGAAUCGCUUGAGCAGAGCCAAAUAGCCUGGAGAUUGAGUCGACUUCUCAAUCUAGAUUCCAUUGGUGAUUAUCAUUUCUUCGCUACUGUAUGGCACUUUGCACAUGGUCCUGAAGCGGACCUGGAACAACACUUCUUACAACGCCGCCGUUCGGCUCACUACAUUCGGCUCUAUGGCGAGGUUCAAAUGGAGGACGAGCCACUUUCGAAAAUCAAAAAGGAUGAGGACGAUUAUUUUCGAAAUAAGGAGCUCAGAAAAACAAUAGCCAAGAAACUGACGCUCAUGUCCGAGUGGAAAACACAGUAUACCGUUAAUAACUCGCCGAGACUCCGGAAAAAUAUGUUUGUCGCAUCAUCCAAAUUAUGGAAAUGGAUCCAACAAUUCAUCCAGGACUGGGAAGGCAUGUCUUGA